UAAACGUUUUCUCUUUUUCUCUCUCUAGAUAACUCUUCCAAUUUUCUCUCUCUAGGUUUAGAUCCGAGAGUUAUUUUUAUAUAUAGCUCUCCAUGGACUUGCUCCUUUUCUGCUAAUACGAGAGAGAAAGCAAUGCAAAUUAUUAAUCCUGUUGUAACUUCUGACAUAUACAUACAUCAAUAGAUACAACCUUUACGUGUUUCUAUAUAUGUAUAGACAUUCUUUUCAUCUUCACCAUUUCUUCCCUCUUUCUAUUUCUCAUUUCCUAUCUCUAUCUAGAUUAUGAUUCAAGCUGAUUGAUGGUAUAUAUGAACAGAUAGGUGCACAGAGUAGUGUGAAAAUAAUUGGAAAAUCAGGUUGAUAUUCGAGGAGCUGAGUGAUGUUGGACCUUAAUUUGACUAGCGAUGCUAACGAAUCGAUCACAAAUUUAGGCGAAAUGGUGUUGGAAAAGCAUCUAGAUGGCUCCGGGGGUCAGAUGGAGAAUGCCGGCAGUUAUAAUUCCUCUGUUGCCAACGUGGAUACCACAAGCAGUGCCGGUGACGGGGACUCUUGUGAUAACCAAUUCAUCGGUUUCGAUAUAUGGAAGGGGAAUGGUGAUUAUGAAGAGAGUGAGUAUCAGAGUGGCGUUUCUGUGACGAAGGAGUUCUUCCCUGUGACCGCCGAAGGGACAUCGGCGGCACGGCAUUGUCAAUGGUCCGACGUUUCAGGGAAUUGUGGUGGAGUGGCGGCUCAAAGGACAAUAUCUCAGCAGAAGCAGCAGAUUAAGAAGAGUCGUAGAGGACCGAGGUCUCGCAGCUCUCAAUACCGUGGAGUCACAUUUUAUCGCAGGACCGGUAGAUGGGAGUCUCACAUUUGGGAUUCUGGAAAACAAGUUUAUUUGGGAGGAUUUGACACUGCACAUGCUGCAGCUAAGGCAUAUGAUCGUGCUGCAAUAAAGUUUCGUGGAAUUAAUGCUGAUAUAAAUUUCAACGUCAGUGAUUAUGAAGAAGAACUUAGCCAGAUUAUGAAUUUGCCCAAGGAAGAGUUUGUGCAGACACUUCGUCGCCAGAGUACGGGCUUCUCUAGAGGAAGUUCAAAGUACAGGGGGGUUACAUUACACAAAUGUGGGCGAUGGGGUAAUAGUGACAUCGAUGACUUAAAACAAGAAUUUUCAAAUAUUGCAACCAAGGGGAACAAUUAUACAUUUUCUUGA